GCCGCCGCCGCCGAGUCUCCGCUAGCGCCUCUUACGCAGGUGCAAAUGGCUUGUUGAGCUGGAGCCUUCCAGCCCUUGCGUCACCCUGUGGCUGGCAUAUCACAGGGCAGGCAGCAGCAGGCACCAGUCUGGCGCUCCACGCUCUGCCCCGUUUAACUGCUUCCACUCACGGAGGAGGAUACCUGAAUCCUCUGCUAUGACCAUUAAGCUGAAAUGCUCAGAAAAUGAUCCAAAGUGAUAGCCAAAACCAGGCAGCUUCUGAGGAAAUAAUUAAAGAACUGUGCACUUGUAAUGGACUGUCUUAUGAAAGAAUUGAGCAAGAGGGGUCCUCUACAAGCAGCCUGGAGAUGUUUUUCUCCGGCUACCCCAGAAUAAUGGGCCUGUCUUAUUUCCCCAAUUUAACGAGGCUGAUUCUUGUGAGACAGAGCAUCCAGCAGAUUUCUGACCUAGGGAACUGCCCGUUUCUUAAAGAGCUCUGGGUGGCCGAGUGCUUCUUAACAAAAAUUGACGGUCUGAAACAAUGUGUUGACUUGCAAAAGCUUUAUCUCUACUGCAAUAUGAUUUCGGCAAUUGAAAAUCUAGAGAUGCUAACGAAGCUGGAGGUAGUUUGGCUCAAUGGCAACCAGAUUAAAGUAAUAGAGGGGCUGAGUGAACUACAGAAACUAAAGGAGCUCAACCUUGCAGGGAAUUCCAUUAGUAAAAUUGGAAAUUGCUUGGACCCCAGUGGAAAUAUAGAAAAAUUAAAUCUGUCUGGUAACAGAAUAUCUUCCUUCAAGGAAAUUACCCACUUGGCAAGACUGCCUCAUUUAACAGAUCUGUGUCUGAAUGACCCCCAAUAUGAUCCCAACCCAGUUUGCCUCCUUUGCAAUUAUGCGACACACGUCCUGUUUCAUAUUCCUCAGCUUCUAAGGCUCGACACUUAUGACAUUUCCUCAAAACAGAUCAAGGAGUUGGCAGAGACAACGGUGAUGAAAAAGGUGAUGUACUACAAUAUGCGUAUCAAGAGCGCUCAUCGGCAGCUUAACGAGGAGCUUGAGAAGCUGAAAGAGAGGAAAUGCAAGCUUCAGAAGCUGCCAGAAGAUCGAAUUAAACACUUCAGCUGCAACCUCAAGCAUCUGGAGCAUGAUCUUGCCUUGCUACAGACUUCUGGCAAAAUACAGUCCAGCAAAUCUAUUUUGAGCAGAAGUUCUGAGUGUGAAAAAUCAGACGGGGACUACGACAGCGGGGAUGAGGCGCCUGAGGAAUCCAGCCUGGAGCAGAAGUUUCUCCACAAGCUAGAAGCCCUCAGAAAAAGAAUAACCUUCUGGAACAGGAAAUUGGAGGAAGUCGAAGCCAUUUAUCAGGUUGAAGUGAAGAAGAAGAAGAAGAGCAGUAAUUUGGCAGUGCAGUUUUUGCUGACCGAGUUGGAAACGGUGGGGAACACGCGCUUUGAAGAGGGCUCUCCAAGUGAUGCCUGGUUUAAUUCUUGCUAUGAUUUAAUACUAUCCCGAUUUUGCGCCUGGGAUUUCAAAGCGUACGGCAUAACAGGAGUGAAGGUAAAUCGUGUCAUCAGGGUACACAACCGGAUAUUGAGACUGAAAUUCGAGGAGAAGUUCCAAAUCUUUUCAGAGAAAGAAGACCUGAGUGAGUCCACAAGUUACAGGAAGCUGCUGGAAUAUCUCUUUUACAUAUCUCCCCCAGAAGUGUCCUUGAAGAAAAAGCAAGUGAUCCAAAUCCUGGAGGAAGGCUUCCAGGAAACCAAAACGAUACCUGGCAGCAAUAACGAAGCUGUUCCACUCUCCAAUAGCCUCAGUAUCUGCGAAUGUCCAAGAAUUGAAUAUUUGCAACAACAAGCCAGAAGCAAAGGGGACUCGGAGGAGAAGUUCCGGCAUGGGAAACUCAUCAUCGCAAAAGUCUUCCUUGGACACAGCACUCCUGCUCAUGAUAUGGAUCCGAUCAAGGAAGACUACUACCCAGGAGUCAGUUCUGUCUACAGGGCUCGCCGAAUCUCCCAGAACGCAGCGUCUGCAGCCGACAAAGAGACUCUAGAUCAGCAAGAGAAACCAAAGCCUCCGGAAGUCUGUUGCCUGGAGUACAGGAACUGUGACUGCAGCCUCCGACAGUGUGAGUGGUUUGUGUUUGAUCACGAGCUGGUUCUUCCCGAGUACUUCGUCGAGUUUGAAUACAUCACACUGGUCAAAGUAGAAGCUCUGUUCUCCUCCCUCAGCAAUGUGGUUGGGGAAGAAGGAAGGAGAAACGCACCUGGCUUUGUUUUGUCUCGGGAUCUGCACCGCGAUGAUGAAGUUUUAAGCAUGGAGCCUCCCAUUAAACCCAAGCCCAAAAUUGUUUGCUUGGAUGAAAAAACGGUUUUAGCAGUUGCUAAGGCCAACAUUUACAGUCAGAUAGCGGUUCUGGACCUGCACGGAAACCGGCUGAGCAAGCUCCGGGACAUCUCCAAGCUCAGUGGGCUGCGCAGGCUCAUCAUCAGUUUUAACGAGUUCACUUGUCUGGAUGAUGUUUACCACUUGCCAAACCUGGAAUAUUUUGAUGCCAGCCAUAACCACGUGAUCACCCUUGAGGGCAUUAGAGGCCUAAACAAGCUGAAGCAUUUGGACCUGAGCUGGAAUCAGUUGAAAAAGGCUGGGGAAGAAAUCAACGUCUUACGGAAACAUACGCCAAUGGUGCUCAGUCUGGAUAUCAGGCAUAACCCAUGGCAUAAGCCAGCCUCCGUGCGUUUGAGUGUGAUUAGCCAGCUGAGGGCUUUGACACACCUGGAUGGAGUCCUGAUUACCGAAGAAGAGGCAGCAGCUGCUAUUCAGUUUAUGGCAGACUCCAAAAUUACUCAGGCAUCCCUGGUGGCACAUUCCAGGACAGAUGAAGAGAAGCUGCGUGUACUUAGCAUCCUGCCUUAUGCCAAAAUCCUGAGCCAGGUCAGCAAGAACAAAGUGGAUGUAUUUGAGAACAACUGGUCUUCCAAGAUCACUGUAUUAGACCUGGAUGGGCAACAUCUCUGCAGAAUCAGCAGUUUGGAAAAAUUAGAGAAUUUGCAGUGGGCUUCAUUUAGCAACAAUAAUCUCACUAAAAUAGAAGGGCUGGAUCAUUGCCUUAAUCUGGAAGAGCUCACGUUGGAUGGAAACUGCAUCUCAAGCCUUGAUGGGAUUUCGAAACUCUCCAAACUCAUGCGGCUGAGUGCCAACAACAACCACCUCACCAGUCUAGAAAGAAACGUGUUUGAUAACUUGACGCACCUUCAUUAUCUCUCUCUCGAGAACAACCGGAUCACAUCGCUGGUGGGCCUGCAGAAAGCCUACGCUCUCAUUGAGCUCUACAUCAGUAACAACUAUGUUUCCUCCAACCAGGAGAUAUAUCAGCUAAAGGGGCUGAACAAUCUGAUCAUCCUGGACAUGUAUGGAAAUCUGAUUGUUUGGAAGCAAGAUAACUACCGCCUCUUUGUAAUUUUCCAUAUCCCGUCUCUGAAAGCCUUAGACGGGGUUGCAGUGGAAGCAACUGAGAUUGAAAACGCGAAAGAUUUAUUUGGUGGCAAACUUAACGCUGAUAUGGUUGCAGAACGACUGGGACAUUCGAACUUCAGCAAAAUGCAAGAAUUAAACUGGACAGCCUCUAUGAUUAGAAUGGUUGAUCUUGUGCCAGCGGAGCAGUUUAAAAACAUCACCAGUGUGAAUUUGCAGAACAACAAUCUCACCUCUUUUAGCGGUUUGAUCUACCUUCCCAGUGUCAAGGUCCUCUGCUUAAACUACAACCACAUUGAAUCGAUCCUCCCCAGACAAAAGCCUCCAAAUCACCUAACAAGCAGGCAGCUGCUGCAUCAGAAAGUGAUGUCCAGUGGCUACGGGCAACAAGGACUUUCCAAAAGUGGCAGGGAUCCAGGAGUCAGCGAAAGUUUACCCCCGAUAAUGGAAAGUUUAGAAGUCCUUCAUCUGGGUUACAACGGAAUUACCAGCUUGGCCUUGCUGCAGAUCAGCAGGCUCAAAAACCUGAAGUUUCUGUUUUUACAGGGCAACGACAUCAGUCAGAUUGAAGGACUUGAUGGUCUGCUGUUUCUUCAGGAAUUGGUGUUGGAUCAUAACCGAGUUAAAAUGAUCAGCGAGAAUUCCUUUGCCAAGCAGAGUGCCCUGGUCGCUCUUCACCUAGAGGAGAACCGCCUGCGAGAGCUGAAUAAUUUACAUUGUCUGGGGAAACUACAGAAGCUUUUCCUUGGUCUCAAUAAAAUCCAGGAUCUAGGAGAACUGGAAAAACUUGACUGCCUCCCUUGCCUUAAAGAGCUCUCGAUAUAUGGAAAUCCAGUCUCCCGCAAGAUUUACCACCGGCCGCUGCUUGUCUUCCGCUUGCCUAACCUUCAGGUGCUGGAUGGAGUGAUGGUCACCUCAGAAGAGAGGGCAAGGGCUGAAGUCCAUUUGCUAGAACAGCAAGCCUUUCCUCUUGCUAAUUCUCCAAUAGACUGUGGAUUUCCCGGACUGCAGAAUACUUUCUCCAAACCCUGUGUCAUGAGGGUCGCCAGCAUGGGCCUGACUGCAGGUCUCAGCCACUUCUGUGGGGCUGACUUUGUCUUUCCUCAUCCAGCUGAUGAACCUGUCGGGAGUGAGGCUAACAAAAAUAAGAAAUUGAAGAAUGUAGGACUGGGCAUAUGCAAUCCUCGAAGCAUUCAUGCGGAAGUAGCUAUGAGGCAAGCCAAAGGAGCAUCAGCUACUCUUUCAAGCCAUGGGACGCCACAGAGUGGCCCUCCACGGACGACAUAAACCUACCAUACCAGCAAGGAAAACAGAAAACUGGACAAUAGCAUUUCUGGAAUGAAUUAAGUGUAAAUAACUCUAAAAGCAAUGGAUGCUACAUUCAAUAUUGAUCUAAAUUUAUCCAGGUUGUCACUCCACCAGCUUGAGUUACACUGGAGAAGACUUAAUUCCAAUUUACAUUUUAUAGCUCAAAUCACAGAUUAAAAUGAAUGAACUAA